AUGGCACCUGUGGAAAGGGCACUGGCUUUGUCUGCAGUCCUACCUACGGCGCGUGCUGCUCCGGCGAUGGUAUUUGCGGUCGAUCCAGCAAUUACUGCGGCGAAAGAUGCCAAUCCUCUGCUGGCAACUGCAACGCUGCGGCACCUCCACCUGAAACACCCCCGGGCCCAGGAAGUGUCUGCUGAGACUAACAUCUCUACUGACGGUUUCUGCGGUAAGAAUGGCAAGGUCUGCAAGGGGAGCACGUAUGGUGACUGCUGCUCUGCCCAGGGCUACUGCGGUAAGGAGACGGACCAUUGUGACGCUGGAUGUCGGAGUGAUUUAGCAUCUGCAACAACGCUGCUGGCAACAUUUCCACGGACGGUCAAUGUGGUAAGAAUGGAAAGACUUGCAGGGGUAGCACGUUCGGCGACUGCUACUCUCCCCAAGGCUGGUGCGGAAAGGAGAAGGAUCAUUGCGGCACGGAUUGCCAGUCAGGUUUUGGCACUUGUGAUGCCUCAGCUGGUAAUGUCUCUACUAAUGGUAGCUGCGGCAAGAAUGGUAAAAUCUGCAAGGGUAGUCAGUGGGGCGACUGUUGCUCCAAGAACGGUUACUGUGGGAAGGACGAUGGUUACUGCCGUGAUGGAUGUCAGACAGCAUACGGUCUCUGUACUGGAAUUUCCACUAAUCCCGAGUGAGGUUCAGGAAAUGGCAAGACGUGUGUUGGCUCUGGUCUUGGAAACUGCUGUUCUGCCAACAGGUUCUGAGGGAGCACUUCAACCCACUGCGGUCAGGGGUUCUUCGAGCGCUUGUUUGACGAAGGAUAUUCCCACCCUUGACGGCUCAUGCGGCAGCAAGGUUGGUCUAACUUGCGCUGGUGGUCCUUUCAAUGGCCAGUGCUGUAGCGUUACAGGGUACUGUGGAACGAGCACACACUGCGGUCCUGGAUGUCAACGUGGCUCCGGGCGAUGCAAUUAA